UGUGGCUUCUCUUGAGCGCUUUGCUUCCUUCUUUCCUUCCUUUUUGCCCGCGGCGCUGGAAGGGAAGGAAGGGAAGGAAGGGAAGGGACUGAGGAUGGAGGAAGCUGGCCGGAGAGAGCGCCAGGCUCAGGGCUGAUAUCUGCCUCACCUUUAUGUAUUCCAUCUUGUGUUCAAAGCAGUAAUGGCAAAAGAAUUCAUAAAAAACUGCUGCAGAGGCUGUCUGUAUAUUGGGAAAGAAAAGAAUGAUGCUUCUCUGGAGAAGGAGUCUGAGGUUACAGACAAAUACAAAUCAAAUAUUGUGGAGAAACCACCUUUGUCUUCUGUGCCGGUGAAACGGCAGGUUGGCUGUUCAGAAGAUUAUCUUCUCUCCAAGCUCCCUCCAGCUGGCCAGGAAGUACCCUUUGUGGUCCCUCAAUUCAAACUUGCUUACGUCCAGCCCAAGAACCUGGGUCAUUCAUACCGUGGAGGAGUUCAAGGUUCUGCUGUGGCAUCUUUUGGUGACCGAAAAACAGAACUUUCCAGUGCAUACCAACAGAGACCUCUUGUUGAUGUGGUGUAUAACCCAUUCUAUAUGCACCACCAGCCGCCACCACUUUCUCCAGACUUGGUACGAUGUUGCCCAGAAAAAAUGGACAAUAGGAGACUGUAUGGGUCAGUUUGUGACUUGCGGAGCAGCACAUUGCCAGGCUCAUCCUCUUUUAGCCAUUCUAUGUUUGAUCUUACAAGUCCACCUCACCAUUUUAUCCAGCGAUACGACUCAGUGUCUAGUGUUCCAAGCAGCACCUCCUCCAUGAAGGACUCACAAGGUAGUAACAGGAGUUUAGAUACCAUUACAUUGUCAAGUGAUGAAAGAGAGUUUGGCAGGCUUCAUGUGAAGUUGUGCUAUCUUCUUCCUGUGGAACAAAUCUGGAUCACAAUCUUACAAUGCAAAGAUCUGAGCUGGUCCCCAAGCUGUGGAGAAAAACCCUACAUUUCCAUCAAGGGAGUCCUUACACUGCCCAAGCCAGUUCAUUUUAGGUGUUUGGCAAGAGAAGCUUCCAAUGACAUAGCAUUUGUGGAAACCUUUGUGUUUGCUAUCAAAUUGCAAUUCCUGCAGACUGCAAGACUAGUGCUCAAAGUACAAGCUCAGACUCCCAGGAAAAAAACCCUAGGAGAAUGCACUUUGUCACUGCGACAGCUCAGUUCACAAGAAACCGAGCACUGGUUGGUGAUCACACCUCCUUCCAAAGCUUCAGCAAGUUCUGCAGAACUGAAAAUAGGCACCUGUUUCCAAGCAGUAAACAGCCGGAUCCAGUUGCAAAUUCUUGAAGCCCAGAACCUUCCAAGCUCAUCCACACCACUGUCUUUAAAUUUUUAUGUAAAGGUUUCGAAGCUUGGCACUGAAGGACUGAUCGAUAAAAAAAAGACCCGACUACUGAAAUCUACAAAUGGUCAAGUGAAAUGGGGGGAAACUAUGAUUUUUCCAGUGAACCAGAAUGAAUGUGGUAUAAACUUUCUCAUCAGACUUUACAGCAGGACCUCAGUGAGAAGAAAACACUUUGUUGGACAGGUCUGGCUAAGUAGUGAAAGUAACAGUUUUGAAGCAGCUGCUCAGUGGCAAGACACAAUUACCAAUCCAGAGAAGGUUGUUGUCAAAUGGCACAACGUCAGUUCAGCAUGCUGAUGGUUUGGUUGGUUCUUUGGCUUGUGAUCAGGACUUUAGCCAAAAGACUUUUAUAGAUGUUUAAAACAAAGAGCCAUUAAUUAAGAGAAAAGGACAUAUGGACUGCACAGUGCCACUUCUGGAGAGGAAAAUUUUGUGCUAGAGAAAAUUGACAACAGGCAAAAUCCUGGAAAUAUUAAUGGAAAUCAGAGCCCACCUUUGUUUGUGGCCUGAUUAACUGACUGGUUUUUAUUGUCUGUAAUGGUUACCAAUGGACUUUUUGUAUAUUUAUGUUCAUCUUAGAAAAAAACUGGGAUGAUUGUAUAUUUAUGUUCAUUUUGGAAAAAAGUUAAUAUUCUUAGAUUUAAUUCAGCUUAUAUUUUGAUUGAUGAUUCUUCAGGAAGACUUUCCCCCUUUAUUGUUUUGAAAAGAGUGCCUUAGCUACUAUUUUAUUUCUCAAGCUUUGGAAGAGGAUGCACUUGCUAGGGCUACCUUCAUGGUGAACAGACAGAGGCAAAAUAAGCAGGAAGGACACAGUGUUUUAAAAACCUUGAAAUAAAACUCAAACCAUGCAUGCUUGCCAUGAUGGUGUUGGAAUUUAAAGGUUGGAGGGAAGAGAUAGAAUGGCAACUCUUGCCAUGUUGAAGUAAUUUAACACAAUUCUACACUGAAAUGUGGAGUUACUGUUUUUGCAGCCUGGGUCUAUUGCUCACUCACUAUUGUGAACAGAAAUGUUAAUUUAACAACAGACCCUCCAAGAGGUGGGUGUUCUAAAUCGGAAACAAGUAGAGGACAAGAAUCAAGACUAUGAUUUAAAAGUCUCUAGUCAGAAUUCCAUAAUUUAGUGUCCUUCAGAUUCGUCAGGCCUUAACCUCCAUCCCUCCUGACCACUUGCAACAUUAAUAUGGAGUGAUAGCUUUUAGAGAGCACAUCCUGUUCAGAAAGUUAUGCCAAUUGUUGUAGUUUAAGUUUAAGAGAGUGUAACAUCUUGAGAAAUAAACCUUCUCAUCCCUA